AUGCAUGUUGUCAUGGUGACCAGCCCCUGUACCCCUUCCCCCCUCCUCUGGUUGGUCCAGCUGUUGUUGUGGUUUCACAACCAUGGACCACAGCUGACAGAGGCAGCAUCCCCAUGCCCCACCCCCUGUAGCUGCUCCAAUCAGGCGAGCCGUGUCAUCUGUACGAGGAAGACUUUAGAACAAGUCCCAGACAGCAUUUCAGAAAACACAAGAUACCUCAAUCUUCAAGAGAACACAAUCCAGGUGAUCAAGUCUGAUACAUUCAAACACCUGCGGCAUCUGGAAAUCCUCCAGCUCUCCAAGAACCACAUCCGGCAAAUUGAGGUGGGAGCUUUCAAUGGCCUUCCCAACCUCAACACGCUGGAGCUUUUUGACAACCGUCUUACGGUGGUCCCGUCACAAGCCUUCGAGUACCUCAGCAAGCUAAGGGAACUAUGGCUACGGAACAACCCCAUCGAGACACUGCCGGCGUUUGCCUUUCACCGCAUUCCCUCAUUACGCCGUCUCGAUCUAGGGGAACUCAGGAAGCUGGAUUUCAUCUCGGAGGCUGCUUUCGAAGGUCUGGUCAACUUGCGCUUCUUGAAUCUCGGCAUGUGCAGCUUGAAGGACAUCCCCAACCUCAGCCCGCUCGUACGAUUAGAGGAGUUGGAGCUGUCAGGGAACCAGCUGGGGAUAAUCAGGCCUGGAUCCUUCCAGGGCCUAGUGUCGCUCCGCAAGCUGUGGCUCAUGCACUCCAGGGUGUCAGUCAUUGAACGCAAUGCUUUUGAUGACCUCAAAAAUUUGGAGGAGCUCAACCUCUCCCACAACUCCCUGCAUUCCCUGCCCCAUGACCUUUUCACCCCUUUGCACCAGUUGGAGAGGGUACAUCUGAACCACAACCCUUGGGUGUGCAACUGUGAUGUUCUGUGGCUCAGCUGGUGGCUGAAAGAAACGGUUCCCAGCAACACCACGUGCUGUGCUCGAUGCCACGCGCCACCAGGUAUAAAGGGAAAAUACAUCGGGGAACUCGACCAGAGCCACUUCACCUGCUAUGCCCCAGUGAUUGUUGAGCCACCCACGGACCUCAAUGUCACCGAGGGCAUGGCUGCCGAGCUGAAAUGUCGUACUGGAACCUCGAUGACCUCUGUGAAUUGGUUUACUCCGAAUGGCACUCUGAUGACCCACGGAUCUUACCGAGUUAGGAUCUCAGUGCUUCACGACGGAACGCUGAACUUCACAAACGUGACCGUGCAGGACACAGGGCAGUACACUUGCAUGGUAUCCAACUCCGCGGGAAACACCACUGCGACCGCCGUGCUCAAUGUGUCCGCUUCAGACCCCAGCAACAGCUACAGCUAUUUCACCACCGUCACUGUGGAAACAGUGGACACGGUGAGAGGAGAUGAGGAAAACUCAGCACGACAGUUCAUUAACGAAACCUUCAUAGAGUUUCCUAAUCCUACCGUUCAAAGAGGAGUAAUAGAGGGCCGACCUGGCAUCACUAUAUCACCGUCUCUAUCCUCUCUUUCCUCAUUGUCCCCACGAGCUGAAAAUGCAGUGACUGUGUCCAUAAUGGAUGUAACUAACAUUCCUGGCCUAGAUGAUGUCAUGAAAACAACUAAGAUCAUCAUAGGUUGCUUCGUGGCCAUUACCUUUAUGGCAGCUGUAAUGUUGGUUGCAUUCUAUAAACUGCGUAAGCAGCAUCAGCUACACAAGCACCACGGCCCGGCCAGAGCCAUCGAGAUUGUCAACGUGGAAGAUGAGAUUGGAGCCGGGAGUGGCAUCUCAGGCGGUUCAACGAUGAAUUCUGGCAGCGGAGAAGGAACCCUGAGGAUGCAUCAUCCAGAAAUGGUCAACCUCCCCAACAUCGGUCGUACAGAUACUCUCAACCAUUACUACAAGACCCACCAUUUCAACAACAACGUGAUGGGCCUCAAUAUCGGCUCCGACGGGAUGGGACCGGGAAUGAUGCUCAAUAGCAAGAACCAGCAAAUGCACGACAUGCCCAUCUCCUGUACCUCAGUUCCGAUCUCUACGUCUAAUAUGCUCUCCUCAUCCGGCAAUGGAACCAACCACAACCCCUGUUCUAUGUCCCCACCGCUGCCGAUGUCUCUCCCCAUGCCCACCAUGGGCUUACACGGAUCGAUCAAGGGUUUCAUGGGCCAACACCAGAAUCCCCAAAUGGAGCCACUUCUCUUCAAGGGCAACUCAAAGGAAAACGUCCAAGAGACUCAGAUCUAAAAACAAAAGAGAGAGUAUAGAGAGAGAGAGAGAGAGCAAGAGUUGGAGACAGAGAGGGGAUUGAUGUUGGUUUAUGCGCAGAAUGAUUCGACACUAGAGUGCAUUGACAUUACACCAGGAGAGAGGAUAGACUGACACGGCAAUACACAAACACAUAGACUUAUCUGUGACAGUGUACUGAGCCAAGGAUUACUACAAUGAGCCACUUGUGUGUGGAGUAACGAUCAUGGCCAUGGAGAUCAAGGAACGGACAUUGCUACAAUGUAAAUCUGUGCCAAAGCAAAUCUUUUUUUGCAGUUUCUACAAGCUGUGUUCUCAUAGGGAAAAACGAGCCUUUCAGAGUUAUCAGUCCCCAAAUCGUUGUUGGCCAGCCGAGAUGAAAGACAUGCACAGCACUUACCACACUGAAGACCGGAGAUAUUACCCAACAGAAUCCAAGAGACAUUUUUCUUCCACACAAACCACAAGCCACACUCUCUCUCAAGUGACUCAACAGACUCCCUCAAGGUGACACUUAUGUAGGCAUAACUAGAUGGACAAAAAGGUACAGUGCAGUACAAACUACUGUGAAAAAUCCACAAAUUAUAUAAAUAUAUUUUCAUUUAAAUAUGUAUCAUUGCAGACUCCGAUGCAGAGAUAUUUUGGGGUGGAUGUAGUUUGUUUCUUUGUGGAUAAUCAGGGGCGGUGAUAGUGGAGGUUGGUUAUGAUACAUGUUUUAAGUUUGGCUACUUCUCAGAAACAUAAGGGCUCAAUUGCAACACUCAUUGUGAAUCUUUGAAUUGGCUUUGUGACAUGACGUCCAUUUUGGUUGUAGAACAGUAAAUGCAGAUCUCUGUUUGACAAACUUUCUUUUGUUGCUUCAGUAAUAAUCAUGACAAACUUUUGUGUUCUGAGAGUGUAUUAUGUAUUUUGUAAAAGCCAGCUACUUGGUAUUUGAAUUGAAAAUUCUGAUACUUAAAUGCCAGCAUCAAAUAAUUGUUAAAACGAUGUUCCACAGCUAACCCAUUGCAAAGACCUGUAUGGGUAAAAUAAAGUGUUGACAAUGUGUUAUUUGAAUCAGAUCAGAAGCCAGAUAUUUGCUUUUAGACAGGAAUUUGAUAUGAUCUCCUUGCUCAUGGUUACCAUAAUCAUGCCAUUAAAUGCUGUCAUAAGGAUGAUUAGAAAUCUAUCUGCAACAGCAUUCAAGAAGGGAUUAAACAUCCAUAUUAGGAUGAUUGGAAUGAAUGGAAAUGUACAGUAUAUUAAUAAUAAUAAUGUCUGGUUGUAUGACAAUUGUAAGAUCCACAUUUCUACUGUGUAACUUUCAUAUGUUAAAUGCCAUUUGCGCUUCUUGCGUUUCAACUAUGUAUUUCUUUAUUUUUGUUAGUUUGAUAUAAUGUGUACAGUUGUCUAGCCAUGUAUCAUUACGUGUGAAAUAAAUCAAUCAUAUAUUG